CCUUAGUCCCUCCCUCUCUUCUUUCUUUCUUUCCUAUCUCUCCCCACCUCUCUUCAUUACGGAGCUCUCUCUCUCUCUCUCUCCCUCUGUCUCCCUUUAAACGCCGUAACGGAUCCCUCCCCACAAAACGCCGUUACUUCCAAAGAUUCGUUUAGUUAAGUCACGUGUCUUUGAAAAUCCCGUUUUUCUUUUUCCUUUUUUUGCGUUUACCAUGGCUUUGGAGCAGCACCUAAUAAGCCUCGCUCAAAACGGCGUUGACGGCGAGACGGAUGGCGCGAGUAACGGCGUCGACGCCAGGCCCACCUCCGUCGACGGCGACAAAACGCCGAGGCUCCCCCGGUGGACGAGGCAGGAGAUUCUGGUGCUCAUACAGGGAAAACGGGUCGCGGAGACCCGGGCGAGGCGUGGACGGACCUCCGGGUUGGCGUUCGGGUCGGGCCAGGUGGAGCCCAAGUGGGCCUCGGUCUCUUCGUACUGCAAGAGGCACGGGGUGAACCGGGGGCCGGUCCAGUGCCGGAAGCGGUGGAGCAAUCUGGCCGGAGACUUCAAGAAGAUCAAGGAAUGGGAGUCUCAGGUGAAGGACGAAACUGAGUCGUUUUGGGUGAUGAGGAACGACCUGAGGAGGGAAAGGAGGUUGCCGGGGUUUUUCGACAAGGAGGUUUAUGAUAUCUUGGAUUCCGGGUCGCCCGCUGCCCCGGAGGCUCCGGGCCUGGCUUUGGCUCUCGCUUCGGGUCCGGCUCCUGCGUCGGAGAAUACGGAGGAGGGGGGCGCGAUGUUCGAUAGUGGGCGGGCCACCGCAGCGGAGGACGGGUUGUUCUCUGAUUUCGAGCAGGAGGAAUCGGGUCGGAGCCCCGAGAAGACGAAGGAUACUACGGUUCCUGCUCCUAUGCCAAUUUCAGAGAAGCAGUAUCAACCAGCACCACGAGGCUGUCAGGGUCAAGGAUCAACAAACGAGAAACAGCCUGAGAUGGGAUCUGCUUCUCAAGACGGUCGUAAGCGGAAAAGGUUAGCAACCGAAGAAGACGAGGAACCAAUUGGUAUGCAGAAUCAGUUGGUUGAUGUGCUGGAAAGGAAUGGGAAAAUGCUGACCGCCCAACUUGAAGCUCAGAAUGCGAAUUUCCAACUGGAUCGUGAACAGCGGAAAGAUGAUGUCAAUAGCUUGAUUGGUGUUCUUAAUAAGCUUGCGGAUGCUUUAGGAAGAAUUGCAGAUAAGUUGUAGCGGAAGGGGAACCUGAAUACAGUGUACAUAAUGAAGUUCUCUCCAACACCCAUAGAUAAUAGCGGAGGCCCAAGAAUUGGAGGAUAAGAUUCAAUUAUUUAUCUCUAGAUGACAUCCAGUAUGCCAUUCAAAUCCCUUCUUUUUUUCUUUUUUUUUUCAUUUCUUUCUAUAUAAAUCUUCUUGAUUUGCCACUUUUGUGGCUUAUUAUUGCAGUAUAGGUUCCAUAUACAGAUAUUGGUUAUAGAAAUUUCAGCGACGAGUACCACAUUUCUGC